GUGCCGUCACUUUUACUGUUUAUUCCACAGACUAAAGCGCCGACAUGUGGCAUCUCCACAAGAUGUUCAACUACUGCGGCUAAAUCUGAGCUCCGUGAACAAAGUCAUAGACAUUGAUCUCCAAGAAGGCUCCCUAUAUUCCUGGCACAUGUUUGUUUCUGUAGUUCGAGGACAAGCCACGAUCGAGGUGGGUAUAUACAUCAACGCCAACUGCAUCAGCAUCCUCAAGGAGAGACAGAUCAGCACUACCUCACAGAUUGUGGACUGGGUCAUCAAUCGGUGGAAUAUCAUCAGACAAGUUUACAGGAAUACAUCUCGCAUUGGGGCUGACAUGGAUGUCAAGAUUAAGCGCCUGGAGAUUUGGUCCAAAAACCCGGCCUACUUUGAUGGUUCAGAGCCAAAACCGACCAUCAGGACACAUUUAAAUACAUUCUGCGAAAAGUCUCCCGAAGACGGCAUGGAUCACAAAAUGAUUUAUACCUG